AUGGUCUACGAAGUGCUGGAAUCCGUUGAACCAGAAGAGACUCCGAGGACUCUCUGCCAACGCUUCAGAUACUUCUCAUUAGAAAGAUGGGCAUCUAGAAAGGAAACCGCUGGAAAAGUGGCUACUCUAGCCAGCGCCUUGUUGAUUUUCCUCGCAGUCAUUAUGAUAUAUGUUAUAUUUCAUGCAAAAGAGCCGUGCCAUAGAAGAGUAGUGGCUGUGUUCAACAACUCCGACGUCUCAUGGCGUAUUUUGUCGCUGACAACUCACGUUGUGUUCUCCAAGCUCAUCGUGGACAAGCAUGGACUCGUCCAUUUCGAAACUGAAGAAUCGAAACGUCACUUUUUCGAGCUGAAGGACAGAAUGGCAUCAUUGAAGCCAAAGCAAAAGUUUUUAAUUUCCGUAUCGGACUCAGGAUUUAACUUAGAAAACAUGAAGCCGUAUCACAUUAUCGGCAACUUUGCCAGCUCAACCGCGGAUUUUGUUGAAAAGAAUCAAUUAGACGGUGUCCUCCUAAACUUCAAACUUCCAACUGAUCCAGAAAUAUACGAAGUUCAUUUAUCGAUUCUAGAAGAGCUCUACUACACAUUUUCGAGAGAGCGUAAAGGAGAUUAUCAAGUUGGAAUCACUUCAUCCAUCACUGACAUUGAAAAAUCUCCAUAUGAAAUUGGGCAAUUGAUUGGCCACCUCGGAUUCAUUAACCUUCAAGUUCCAACGAAAGAAGUGGCUUCCAACUUCACUGAGACCUUUUCGGAAGUGCAAAGAGAGAAAAUGAACAUUCGAUAUCUCGAAGAGGAUCCAUCGCAGAUAUUGGAUCUGGGAGUUGGUGGAGUGUGGGUUCCAGUAGACAGAAAAAGAGAUCUUGUUACAAUGGAUAAUGAUUAUGUAUGUUAUAAAAACCGUGAAAAAAGUCGUAUUUAUACUGUUGAAUAG